ACAAAAAGAUACGGUCGCGAGUUAUGCUAACAGCUAACGUUUAUCAUGUAAAAUACAGCAAGACGUAGCGUAAAUUACACGGGUUGAACAUUUUAAUAUAAUUCUACGAGUUUCUGUAAGUAUAGCCAUGCGAACAGCUUUAAAACAUUGAAAUUUGUAGACCAAUUAAGGACGUUUUUAGGCUUCCGUAAGCAGCAUUUCCGGGGCGAGCUUUGCUAGAGCUGCCUGCAACACGUGUGGUAAACAAGCAUGGACGACUCGGAGGAAUGGAACGAUGUGGCUAAAAGUCCAAGUUUGAAGAACCUGACGGACGGAGGCUUCGGUGUUCUCAAAGACAAACAAUGCAAAGCUGUGCAGGAUUUAGUCCGAGCUCAUAUUGAGUCCUUCGACCAAGCCCUGGGUGAAGGACUCAAUCGCGUAGUGCAGUCCAUCCCGCCGCUUGAGUUCAUGUCGAAGGAAGUGCGCAUUGGCCUGACCUUUGUGGACGCCUGCGUCUUCCCGCCCGCCGUCUCCAAGGGCAGCGUGUGCCGCGAGACGCGGGUCUUCCCGGCCGAGUGUCGCGGCCGCAGGUGUUCGUACAGAGGCCGGAUAGUGGCGGACGUGAGCUGGUCUGUGAACGGUGUCCCUAAAGGAAUCAUCAAGCAGUCACUGGGGCAAAUUCCUAUCAUGGUCAAGUCCAAGCUCUGCAACUUGGACGGAAUGACGCCGCGGGAGCUGGUUAGCCACCACGAGGAGGCCGAGGAAAUGGGCGGCUACUUCAUCGUGAACGGCAUGGAGAAGGUGAUCCGCAUGCUGGUGAUGCCUCGGAGGAACUACCCCGUGGCCAUGUCGCGACCCAAGUGGAAGAGCAGAGGACCGGGAUACACGCAGUACGGUAUCUCCAUGCGCUGCGUCAAGGAGGAACACACGGCCGUCAACAUGAACCUUCACUAUCUGGAAAACGGAACGGUCAUGCUCAACUUCAUCUACCUCAAGGAACUUUUCUUCCUACCGCUGGGCUUCGCGCUUAAGGCUCUGGUGGAUCUGAGCGACUUUGAGAUCUUCUCCGAGCUCGUCAAAGGCGUGGAGGACAACUCUUUUUAUCGCAGCUGCGCGUGCGAGAUGCUGCGCCUGGUGUCGGAGGAGGGGUGCACGUCGCAAUCGGCCGUGCUCCAGUACCUGGGUCAACGUUUCCGCGUCAAGUUGUACCUGCCCGAGUGGUACACCGAUCAGCAGUGCGGCAGCUUUUUGCUAGACGAGUGCAUCUGCAUCCACCUGCGGACGGGCCCGGACAAGUUCCGGCUCCUGUGCUUGAUGACGCGCAAGCUCUUCGCCUUGGCCAAGCAAGAGUGCUUGGAGGAGAACCCCGACGGCAUCUCUUGCCAGGAGAUCCUCACUCCGGGACAGCUUUUCCUCAUGUUCCUCAAGGAGCGGAUGUCUGCGUGGUUGACGUCCGUCAAGUUGGCCUUUGAAAAGCGAGGAAGUCGCUUGAAGGGCAGCUGGACAGUGGAGAACGUCAUCAAGAUGUUCAACCUGGGAACGGACCUCACCAAACCUUUUGAAUAUUUGCUGGCCACCGGAAACCUCAGCUCUAAGAGCGGUCUGGGUCUCCUCCAGAAUACGGGUCUGUGCGUGGUGGCGGACAAGCUGAAUUUCAUCCGCUACGUGUCGCACUUCCGCUGCGUCCACCGCGGCGCCGCCUUCGCCAAGAUGCGCACCACGUCGGUGCGCAAGCUGCUGCCCGAGUCGUGGGGCUUCCUGUGCCCCGUCCACACGCCCGACGGCGAGCCCUGCGGCCUCAUGAACCACAUGACGGCCAGCUGCCGCGUGGUGACGGAGUCCGCGCCCACCGCCGGGCUGCUGGCGCUCGUCUGCGCGCUGGGCGCCACCCCGGCCGACGCCGUCCCCGCGCGUCCCUUCUCCGAGUGCUACCCCGUCCUGAUAGAUGGCGCUCUGGUGGGCUGGGCGGAAGCCGAGCUGGCGCCGGGAGUGGUGGAUGCGCUGCGUAGGUUUAAGGUCCUGCGGGAGAAGAAAGUCGCUCCCUGGACAGAGAUUGUCCUGGUGCCCAAGACGGGCAAAGCAAGCCUCUACCCGGGCUUGUUCCUUUUCACCACACCGUGCCGCAUGAUGCGCCCCGUGCGCAACUUGGAGCUGGGCAAGCGGGAACUCAUCGGGACCUUUGAGCAGCUGUACGUGGAAGUAGCCGUGACUGAAUCGGAGGUGCGGGCGGGCGUCACCGGCCACCAGGAGCUCUUCCCGCACAGCAUGCUCAGCGUGGUGGCCAACUUCAUACCGUACUCCGACCACAACCAGAGUCCCAGGAACAUGUACCAGUGCCAGAUGGGUAAGCAAACAAUGGGCUUCCCUCUCCACGCCUUCCUGGAGCGCUCGGACAACAAACUGUACCGACUGCAGACCCCUCAAAGCCCUCUGGUGCGUCCCUCCAUGUACGACCGCUACCAGCUGGACAACUACCCGAGCGGCACCAACGCCGUGGUGGCCGUCAUCUCCUAUACGGGCUAUGACAUGGAAGACGCCAUGAUCGUCAACAAAUCGUCGUGGGAGCGCGGCUUCGCCGACGGCUGCAUCUACAAGACGGAAAUGGUGGACCUGGCCGAUAAGGCGCGCGGCCAGGAGGGCGUGGUUUUCGGCGCCAAGCCGGGAGAUCCCAAGGUCAACGGGCGACUGGACGCCGACGGACUCCCGCCCGUCGGUGCCACGCUCAGCUACGGCGAUCCCUAUUACUCCUACGUCAACCUCAACACCGGCCAGGCCUUUGUCACCUUAUACAAGAGCAACGAGGCGUGCGUGGUGGACAACAUCAAGAUCUGCGGCAACGACGCCGGCACGGGCUCCUUCAAGCGCGUGUGCAUCACGGUGCGCGUGGCGCGCAAGCCCACCAUCGGCGACAAGUUCGCCAGCCGCCACGGCCAGAAGGGCAUCCUGAGCCGGCUGUGGCCGGCCGAGGACAUGCCCUUCGGCGAGAGCGGCGUCAGCCCAGACAUCCUCUUCAACCCGCACGGCUUCCCCUCGCGCAUGACCAUCGGCAUGCUGAUCGAGAGCAUGGCGGGUAAAUCGGCGGCGCUGCACGGACUGAGCCACGACGCCACGCCCUUCGCCUUCUCCGAGGAAAACUCUGCGCUGGACUACUUCGGCCAGGCGUUGCGCGCCGGCGGCUACAACUAUUACGGCACCGAGCGACUAUACAGCGGUACCAGCGGCCUGGAGCUGGAGGCCGACAUCUUUGUGGGCGUGGUUUACUACCAACGCCUCAGGCACAUGGUGUCCGAUAAGUUUCAGGUGCGCACGACGGGCGCUCGCGACAAGGUGACCAACCAGCCGGUGGGCGGCAGGAACGUCCAAGGCGGCAUCCGCUUCGGCGAGAUGGAGCGCGACGCCCUGCUGGCGCACGGCUCGUCCUUCCUGCUGCACGACCGCCUCUUCAACUGCUCGGACCGCUCGGUGGCGCGCGUGUGCGUGGACUGCGGCAGCCUGCUGUCGCCGCUGCUGGAGCGUCCGCCGCCCGCCUGGUCGUCGGCGCGCCACCGCCGCACCGUCUGCGCGCUCUGCGGCAAGAGCGACUCCGUGGACACGCUGACCGUGCCUUACGUCUUCCGCUAUUUCGUGGCCGAGCUGGCCGCCAUGAACAUUAAAGUCAAGCUGGACGUCAAGUGACCGCCGCCGCCACUUUGACCGUCCCAGUUGGAAUGGAUUUGACGUCUAUCGCUGUCAAUGAGUUAAUAAGCAAGCGGCUAAUUUAUGGGUUGCUAACUACAUGGUAAAAUGGACAGGACUGAAAUAGCGCAUUUUUCUGCAGGGUUACCAUGCCCAAAGCGCACACCAAUGGGGCUGGUGCCAACCCAUUGGAGGCAAAUCAGGGUUCAGUGCCUUAGCCCAAGGGCACUUCGACAGUGGGCAGUCGUAGCCGGGAAUCGAACCGCUGACCCUUCGGUCCAGCUACCAACUGCGCCACGGCUGCCCAACUAGCAAAUAUGUGUAUAUGUAUACAUAUUAGGGCUGCAGCUAUCGAAUAUUUUAGUAGUCGAUUAACCGAUGGACUAGUUAGUUCGAAUAAUCGAGUCAUCGGAUAAGAAACAUGAAAAAUUAAAAUACCUGAGCUGAGCCUCAAAUGGUAUAAUUUUUUUUUUUAAUGAGGAUCUAUGUACAACAGAAGAACAACUGGCUAACUUACAUAGGAAAAGUCCGCUUGCUUAAAUGCUAUAAAAUGCUAAAAUUUUAUUUACAAUGCUGUUAACAAAUGGUUCAGACACAUAUUCCCAAAAAAAUGGCUAAAUAUACCUGUAAACUAAAUUAUGAAUGCAUUAAAAAGCAUAAGCUCAAACAAAAACUUAGCUUAUUUUGGUCUUAACAGGGAGCAGUUGGAUUCAGCCAUGUGAAAAGAGGCAGACCAGAGGGCAGAGUAUCCACCCUAAUCAAUAAAACUAAAUGCAAACACUUUCAAAAUAAACCAUUACAACGCCACUUCAAGUAAACGAAUACUCGAAGCAACAAAAUUUAAUUCCAAUAUUUUUUUCUAAUCGAAUACUCGAGUUAUUCGAUUAAUCGUUGCAGCACUAAUAUAGAUGUGUGUUUAUAUGUAAACUAUAUGUGCAUACAGUAUAAGCUAUAUGAAUUAUGUAUAUAUACAGUGGGGCAAAUAAGUAUUUAGUCAACCACCAAUUUUGCAAGGUCUCCAAUUUGAAAAGAUUAGAGAGGCCUGUAAUUGUCAACAUGGGUAAACCUCAACCAUGAGAGACAGAAUGUGGGAAAAAAUCUGAUUUUUAAAGAAUUCACUUCCAAAUUAGUGGAAAAUAAGUGUUUGGUCACCUACAAACAAGCAAGAUUUCUGGCUGUCAAAGAGGUCUUAACUUCUAACGAGGCUCCACUCGUUACCUGUAUUAAUGGCACCUGUUUUAACUCAUCGGUAUAAAAUACCUGUCCACAACUUCAGUCAGUCACACUCCAAACUCCACUAUGGCCAAGACCAAAGAGCUGUCGAAGGACACCAGAGACAAAAUUGAGACCUGCACCAGGCUGGGAAGACCGAAUCUGCAAUAGGUAAAACGCUUGGUGUAAAGAACUCAACUGUGGGAGUAACUAUUAGAAAAUGGAAGACAUACAAGACCACUGAUAAGCUCCCUCGAUCUAAUGAUAAGAACGGUGAUCAAAAAUCCCAGAACCACACUGGGUGACCUAGUGAAGGACCUAGUGAAUGAGCUACAGAGAGGGCAGCGUAGGGUCGGUUGCCAACGGGCUUACAAUCACAAGGGAGUCACGUGAUUUCUGGUUUCUAGAUCAGAGCUGAUUUUUGAACACUCCACCCCUCCCAAUCUUAUAGACCCCACCACCCUUCUUUCCCUGGUCAACAGGCCCCCCACAUACAACUGACAAUAGCACCAACAUAUUCAUAGUGUAGACGUUUAAUGUAUUUCUUGUUGUGUUUUUGUGUUCUGUUCCCCCAUAACCCCUUCCUGUUCGAAAAAUAAAAAAUAAAGUAGAAAACUCUAUAAGAAAAAAAUUACAAUUUUUUUGAAAAAUCCUCACAAACCUGGUGUAAGAAUUUUUUCACUAUUUGCUUGAACACUGUUAAAUAGGGGAACACCAUUUGUUUUCAACCACCAGAUGUCCUCGGACUCCUCACCACACACCCAGGUCUCUUUGACUUUGGGACAUUUAUGGUUUGAUUCCUGAUGUUUUUGUAUCACUUCAUGUUUCAUUUGGGUCACUUCCUGUUGAUUUAGGGACAUUUAUAAUUCAUUUAAUGGUGUUUUUAUGUCGCUUCAUGUUAACUUUGGGGCAUUACGGGUCCUUUUCAUUUUUGGGGUGCUUUUAGGUCAAUUCCUGGGCAUUUUUGGGCACUUUCAUUUCCUUUUAAUUCUAAAGUAUUCUUGGGUCAUUUCCUACGAACAAAUAUUUAUUUACUGUCUGUUACCCUCCCACUUCAAUUGAAUUGGACAUCUAUUGCUGUCAAAGGCAGACAAAGACAAAUCCACAUUUUCUGGUGGAAAUAAAGACUGGUCAGAGUUUA